AUAGACUGCAUCCUCCAUUGUCCCAUGUGGCAGCAUCGCUGUUUCAUCGCGUGCUUAUUACCUAUGACUACAGACUUCACCAUACAGUCUUGUCUAUUGAAGAAUAGGGCGGUUUAUCUGCAUGUCAGACUACACACACCACAGGGCAACGUGUAGCGAGGACAGAACAGUGAAACAGCAGCUACCCAGCCAGUGGGAUACAAGACACAGAGACCUGCUAUAGUGCAGCUACCUGCUCAGAUAUACAGCACUCUCUGCACAGACAAGCAUCUUCUUAAAGGCACAAUGUCUCAGAAAUCUUCACACAAAUCCAGAUCUGUUGCUUCUGUCUCCACGAAAAGCUUCAUCUAUUAGCAGUGCAGUGGCCAUUGCCAGCGCAAAAGCUGAAGCAGCUAAAACGCGAGCAGCAUUCGCUGAGCAAGAAAUGCAAAUAAAAAUAGAGAAGGCAAGGCUAGAAGCAACAUUAGAGAAACUUGCUGCAGAAAAGGAGGCUGCAGCCACCAUUGCUGAAGCAGAGUUCUUAGAGGCUAUAUAGUAUCUUGAAACACUACAGCGUGACAGCAUACCAGGUAUGAAGCUUAAAUCGCAAGAUCCAUUGCAACGCACGUCAGAGUAUGUAAAUGAGCUCCCAGGUUCAGACAGCAAUACUGAUCCAGUAUAAAAGCCCGAACGUUGUACCAUAAGUGAAAUAGGCCCAGUACAGCAUGAAGUGCCAUCCUGGGUCAACUACAAGCAAGAGAGCAACUCGGCUGGUAAUAACCUCAUUACAGGUCAAGCAGUCAAGCCAGAUCACCUCACCGUUGCAUCUCUCCUGACGCCAAGGCAGCAUGAUACUGGCCAGCACAACCAAGAGACUACUAACAGGUAUGAGCAUACCCCAUAUUCUUACCAGGGUUGUACACCACCAGUAUACCCUGCUGUCUACCAGACCACAAUGGACUUUGCAAAGUUUUUUACACGGCGCGAACUAGUCGCAAAAGGAAUUGUGAAGUUCAAUGAUCGUCCUGAAGACUAUAGAGCCUGGAGAUCUUCCUUUCAGAAUGUCACAAGAGACUUAGACCUGUCAUGUAGUGAAGAGGUGGACCUCUUGGUCAAAUACCUGGGGGAAGAGUCAAGCAAACAUGCAGCUAGGAUCAGGGCUAUCAAUAUAAACUACCCUGAGACUGGUCUUAAAAUUAUUUGGAGCAGACUUGAUGAGUGCUAUGGCUCAGCAGAGGUUAUAGAAAGUGCCCUCUACAAAAGAAUUGAGGACUUUCCCAGGAUAACCAACAAAGGCUAUCAGAAACUCAGAGAACUUAGUGACUUACUAAUGGAACUUCAAGUUGCCAAAUCUGAAGGGGACUUACAAGGACUUGCAUACCUUGACACAGCAAGAGGUGUCAACCCUUUAGUUCAAAAACUACCCUACAACCUACAAGAGAAGUGGAUUACCCAUGGUUCCACAUAUAAACAUAAACAUAAUGUCCCAUUUCCUCCAUUCUCUGUUUUUGUUGAUUUUGUACAUAACCAAGCAAAGAUAAGAAAUGACCCUAGUUUUGAUCUUACAUUGUCAUGUGCCACUCCAGUUCUCAAUUCACGCAAAACCUCAGUGGCAGUACACAAGACUAAUGUUUCUCCUCCAGAUUUUAUUCACAGGCCGGCAAGCCAAGCAGAGGUAAAGGCAGGGGAUCCAAGCAAGCAGUGUCCCAUACAUCAAAAGCCUCAUCCUCUCCUAAAAUGUAGAGCCUUCAGAGAGAAACCAGUUGAAGACAGCAAAAGAUUCCUUAAAGAGAAUGGCAUCUGUUACAAGUGCUGCGGAUCAACAUCUCAUUUUGCCAAGGAUUGCAAGGUCAGUGUAAAAUGCACAGAAUGUGACACCACAGAUCACAACACAGCUUUACACCCUGGUCCAGCACCAUGGGCUUCACAGAGCGCUUCAAGUGACACUGAGCAUGGCGGGGAUAAAAGAAACACUGCUAUAGCUUCACCAGAGGUCACUUCACAAUUCACAGAAGUGUGCAAAGGGACAUUAGGCAGCAGAUCCUGCUCUAAAAUCUGUCUAGUCAGAGUCUACCCAAAAGGCCAAAAAGACAAAGCUGUAAAACUGUAUGCUAUACUGGAUGAUCAGAGUAAUAGAUCCUUAGCCAGAUCAACAUUCUUUGACAUCUUCAAAACUCAAGGACCAAGCACUCCAUACUCCUUAAAAACCUGUGCAGGUACCACAUCCACAAUGGGGAGGAAGGCCACCGGCUACCAAAUUGAAUCCUUAGAUGGACAGACAUGCCUUCCCUUGCCUACCAUAAUUGAGUGCAACCAAAUUCCUGACAACAGAUCUGAAAUUCCUACAAGAGAGGUAGCAAGCUAUCAUUCACACCUAAAGAGCAUGGCACAUCUUAUACCAGAACUUGAUCAUCAGGCACAGAUAAUCCUACUUCUUGGGAGAGAUAUUUUACAAGUACACAAGGUGAGACAUCAUAUUAAUGGCCCCAAUAAUGCUCCCUAUGCCCAAAAGCUAGACCUAGGAUGGGUCAUAAUAGGAGAUGUAUGCUUGGGACGCAUGCACACUCCCACCUCUGUGACCAGCAUGCUCACCAAUAUGCUAGACAAUGGUCGACCUUCUCUUUUGCAACCAUGCAACAACAACUUUCAUGUCAAAGAAUUGCCAUACUGCAACCAACUGCUCUGCACCUAUACAGAUCUUCCGUGUGAAAGCCAUGCAGCAUCUAACAUUUAUGAAGAUCAGUUAGGUUGUACAGUCUUUCAGAGAACAACGAAGGAUAAUCAAGUGGCAAUGUCAAUAGAGGACAAGUUGUUUUUAGACAUAAUGCACAAUGGAUUUGUUAAAGAUGAAACUAACAGCUGGGUCGCACCUCUUCCAUUCAGGAGUCCCAGACAACGCCUGCCUAAUAACAGAGAGCAAGCUCUAAAACGUUUCUCUUCUCUCAAGCACAACCUGCAGAGGAAACAAGAAAUGAGAAACCACUUCUUCACCUUCAUGAAAAAGAUAUUUGAAAAUGGCCAUGCAGAGAUAGCUCCCAAACUCAAAGACUUUGAGGAGUGCUGGUACCUACCAAUGUUUGGAGUAUACCACCCAAAGAAACCAGGCCAAAUCAGGGUGGUGUUUGACUCUAGUGCCAAGUUUGAGGGUGUCUCUUUAAAUGAUGUUCUCUUGACAAGUCCAGACCUGAACAACAAACUUAUGGGAGUACUCAUGCGCUUCCGCAAAGAUUCUAUUGCCUUCACCGCUGACAUUCAACAAAUGUUUCAUUGUUUCCUUGUCAAAAAGGAAGACAGGAAUUUCUUAAGAUUUCUCUGGUACAGAGACAAUGAUCUUUCUAAAAAAGUUAUAGAGUACCGUAUGAGAGUGCACAUCUUUGGCAACAGUCCUUCGCCAUCAGUUGCAAUUUAUGGAAUCAAAAGGUCUGCUCAAGAAGGUGAGGCGGAAUAUGGAUCAGAUGUCAGAAAAUUUGUAGAAAAGGACUUCUAUGUUGAUGACUGCCUAAAAGCUAUGCCUUCAAAUGAGACUGCUAUUAAUCUCCUCAGGAGAGCUCAAGAAAUGCUUGCCUACUCAAACCUCAGGCUUCACAAAAUAGCCUCCAAUAGUCAAGAACUAAUAGAAGCCUUUCCAUCUCAAGAUCACUGUAGUGAUUUGAAAGACCUGGACUUAGGGACCGACCCUAUGCCAGUACAACGCAGCCUUGGACUUCUCUGGAAUCUAAAAUCGGACACAUUCAUCUUCCAAGCCAGCAAGGAGGAAAAGCCCUUCACACGUAGGGGUGUUCUGUCCACCAUAAAUAGCUUGUAUGAUCCCUUGGGGUUUGCAGCUCCUGUUACAAUUCAAGGAAAAGCCCUACUCAGAAACUUAACCCGUGAAACAUCUGACUGGGACACACCUUUACCAGCCGAUCAAAGGAUUCAGUGGGAAGAGUGGAAAAACUCUCUAACAGCUUUAUCUAAGCUCAAUGUAGCUAGACCCUAUGCACCAGUGCCUUCUACAGAAAUACAAAGCCAAAAACUCUACAUAUUUUCAGAUGCUUCUGUCAAGGCAAUUGCUGCUGUGGCCUAUAUUAAAACCAUGGACUCUAAAGGACAAUGCCAUGUCGGAUUUGUCAUGGGUAAAACCAAACUUGCACCAUACCCUGAGCACACUGUACCAAGACUAGAACUAUGUGCUGCUGUACUAGCUGUUGAGGUAGCUGAAUUAAUUACAUCUGAAUUGGACAUUGACCUAAAAGAUGUUGCAUUCUACACAGACAGUAAGAUGGUCUUAGGUUAUAUCUACAAUGAAACCAGAAGAUUCUAUGUCUAUGUUAACAACAGAGUGUUACGGAUUAGGAGAUCUGUCCAUCCAAAGCAGUGGCACUAUGUACCUACAGACCAGAACCCUGCUGAUCAUGCUACUAGAGCCGUUGCUGCUAAUCAUUUGAAUAACACUACGUGGUUUUCAGGACCAAAAUUCUUGUACAACCCAGAGCAAGCUACCGUUAAAGCCUUUGAAUUAGUGGGUGCAGAGUUGGAUGUUGAAAUCCGCCCUCAGGUGUCUACACUCCACACAACAACUUCAGAUAACCAACUCGGAUCUCAGAGAUUCAAACGAUUUUCAACCUGGAAGUCACUUGUUCAAGCUAUUACCUGUUUAAUUCACACAACUUGCUCAUUCAGUAGUAUGAGAACUUCUAGUCUAAACGAAUAUAAAGGCCGGCAUCACGGCAUCACUGUGCAAAGGUCUAUGCAGUAUCAGACCUGAAACAUUCAAGAAAUCACAUUAUCUAUACUGUUCAACAAGAAGCCUACUCUAGAGAGAUCGAGAGCCUCACCAACAAGAGACCAUUACCUAAGGACAGUGAAUUGAGUAAGCUUGACCCAAUCAUUGAUAGCAAUGGCCUAGUGAGAGUAGGAGGCCGACUCAAGGAAGCAAAGCUGGAGUACAAAGAGAAAAGCCCUCUUAUAAUCCCUGGUUAUUGCCAUAUUGCUGCUUUACUCGUGAAUCCAAGUUGUUUCUCAGACCAAUAUCUGAACUAAUUUAGCUUCUAUCUUUUGAAGACUAAAUUGGUGGCAUCCACGGAUACCAAGCGGGGAGUGUCAUUCCUCCAGCAUCUUUAUGUACUGUAAAGUGAGCCUGAUUACACAGGCACUCCAUCUAGUGGCUGACUUUGCCUUUCAGUGAUUUGUCCCUCUGCUCCUUCCAUCCCUCCUCAGUGAAGUGAAGCAUCUUGGGAGGAAGAAAUCCAUUACAGACUGUGCUAAGAAGAGAUAGACUGCAUCCUCCAUUGUCCCAUGUGGCAGCAUCGCUGGUAAGCUUAUGGACUUGCCCUACAGUAUUUCUCAGCCACAGCUUCUUCCAGCUACACAGACUCUUAUGUUCCAGAGCAGCAGCUGCACUGUCUUAAGUUGUGACCAAUAGUGUUGAGCGGCAUAGGCCAUAUUCGAAUUCGCGAAUA